CACGGCGUGGCCUGCUGAUACACGGGGGGGACGACACUGGACAGCAAGAGAGCCACACUAAGAAGCACUGCUUGAUCCUUCUGCAGGAAACAGCUACUGUGAUUUCUGAAGACUUGAAGAAAGUAGAAGUUAAUAUUCGUAAAAGUGUUGCUGGAUUUGACCAGUUUUUUUUUCUUCUUCCAGCGAGACCAAAGGUAAAUGGAUAUUCUGAACAGGAUGAAGUACUACAAAUGCCCCGUGUCCCAGACCAUGGGAAUCAAGGCUUACAGCCGGGACUGUGGCGUCCCAGUCAGCUGCAAGAGCGCCGCUUCUCUGAAGCCAAUCCGCAAUGUGCACUUCCCAAACGACAUUGUUUUCCAGGACUACGUGCGACACGGCGAGCUGGAGAGGAUUGGACUUUUCAUCCGAGCCAGGAGAGUCAGCCUGAACACCAUCUACCCCUCCGGCAUGGCUGCCAUCCAUGAGGCCGUCCUGUCGGGGAACCUGGAGUGUGUGAAGCUGCUGCUCCACCACGGAGCGGAUAUCCACCAGAGGGACGAGGAGGGGUGGACCCCACUGCACAUGGCCUGCAGCGACGGCUUCCCUCACAUUGCUCGCUACCUGCUGUCGCUGGGGGCCGACCCUGAGCUGGAGAACGACUGCGGGGAGAAGCCUGCCGACCUCAUUGAGCUGGACAACAAGGAGCUGCAGGAGCUCUUCGGGCUGGCCAUCAGUGACUGAGUUCAGGGGUGUCGGACUGGGGGUGAAAGGGGGACGGAGAACCCAGGGCCCUCGGGUGAGGAAGGGCCCAAAAAGAUGCUAAAAUGAAUACCUGUGGAUGUGGGGAGGGGCCCAUAGAGAAUGCCUUUCUACAGGGCCCAGAAUUUUGUGCUACACCCCUGACUGAGAUCACGUUGCCUUUUAAAGCCACAAACUGGUCUGAAUGCUACUGGCCAGUCAGCCGACUGUUCUGUAGGGGUGGACACAAAAGGACACAGUCGGUCCAGCAUCCUGCUUUAGUGAGCUGCCUGAGCUCUGGGGGAGGAAGGCUGUGGAUGUCUGGCGGACGUAGGGCUGGCAGCCGAUUGGCUGCCUCCUGAAUGGAGGGAACUUCUGCUGGCAGGGGCUGCCCCCUGAUCUCCAGCAGUACAGAUUGACUGUAUUCUGCCGGAGCUUCUGGUCCUUUCAUGCUGUAAUGAACUGAAGGAAUCAUUUAGAUUUUUGAUUUGAUCUGGCAUGUCGCUUCUGAACGCUGUGAAACUUGAAACUGUUGUUUCAACGUCGGCUCAUUAGCACCUGAAAGCUAACAUUAGCGUGGGCUGACUGCCUUACUAACAAAUAUGUUUACACGUUUGAACGUUUUUUAUACUUUUGGACUCAGUUUACUGUAGUCAUUAGUCGUUGUUUAGGCUUUUUAUACUUUUUAAAAUAAAAAAAAAAGUGUAUCAAACAA